AUGCCAUUCAUCGACGAUAGUUUUGGGCCAAUACCACUAUUUAGACAGAAUGCUUUUUUUAUAGUCGAAGGAACGAACCAAUCAGAUACUUUUAACUACUCAGAAGAAGUCAAUAUAAACACUACAACGAAUACAGUUCCGACUACAGACGAUAUUACCGACUUGUUCAGGACAUUAAGCGAGACCAGUGCAUUUUAUCAGCUUUUUGUAGAUAGCGACAAUGAAUACCAUAACCGUAUUAAUGCACGCCAAACUUUUGCCCCUCAGCAAACCAUAUUGAGUGAACGUCAGCAAAACAGCAGUACCAGUAAUAGUAGUAGUGAGGAUGAAGGUGAAGAAGAUGCUGAAGCCAGCGACGUUCAUUACGACAUUGAACUGGAUCGAGAAGUGGAAUACUUGUCUAUUCUUCGUAGAAUGUUUGCUUUGGCUUUGAGCAAAGGAAGUGCAGUAUUAUCCCAUCAAUAUGAAGGCAAUAGUAGUGAUGGCAGCGGCAGCGGCAAUAUUAUAAGUGAUAACAGUAUGGAUAAAUAUCAUUUGAUGUUGAACAAACUGCAGGCAUCACUAGCCUUAUUAGCACUUCUAACGGAGCAGUAUGGAAAAUGCCCAGAUUACUAUUUACAGCAAUUUUUAGAUCCAAAUGGAGAUUAUGAUAGGAGAUUAGCUAUUGUUGCUGCAGCUGUCUACGAUGGCAUAUUGUAUGAAGACCAAGGAAAUAAUAAAAGCGGAAAGUCAUGUCGAGAUUUGCUCGCAGUAGCAGAAGACUUAUACGGAUAUGAUUGGCUGAAUGACUUUUAUGAUGACGAAGAUGAUAGCAAAGAUGCAUUCAAGAAGAUGCUUGAGAAACUCACUUUCAUCUCCAAGAUAAGAUUUAAGUUGAAGGAACAGAACUGGCAAAUGGUUACACGUUAA